GGCGGUGCCCGGAAGCGGGCUGGUUGGUGUCAGGGGUGCGGAAGUGACUGCUUGAGGCCCGCGUUUCGGGUCUGUGCGUGGUAGGCUGAGGGGAAGAAGGGGAGCUUCAUCGCCGGCAGUUGCCGGCUUACGCCCUCUCCUUCAGUUCUUCCUCUCGACCUCCGCUGCUCUGCUAUGGCGGGCAACAGCGACAACCUGCAGAAAGCAAUAGGCCUUGCCAGUAAGGCAGCACAAGAAGAUAACGCAGGAAACUACGAGGAAGCCUUCCGCUUGUACCAACAAGCUGUGGAAUAUUUUCUCCAUGUUGUCAAAUAUGAAGCACAGGGUGAUAAAGCAAAACAGAGCAUUAGAAAGAAAUGUGAUGAAUACUUGGACAGAGCAGAAAAGCUGAAAGAAUAUCUGAAAAAGAGAGAAAAAACUGCACCAAAACCAGUUAAAGAGUCUGGUCGUACUGAUGGAAAAGGGAAUGACAGUGAUGGGGAAGGGGAAUCAGAGAAUCCUGAAAAGAAAAAGCUGCAGAAUCAACUUCAAGGAGCAAUUGUUAUGGAACGACCAAAUGUCAAAUGGAGUGAUGUUGCUGGCCUUGAAGGUGCCAAAGAAGCACUGAAAGAAGCAGUGAUCUUGCCCAUUAAAUUUCCACACCUGUUUACAGGAAAGAGAACACCCUGGAGAGGAAUUCUUCUGUUUGGACCACCAGGAACAGGGAAGUCUUAUUUAGCAAAAGCUGUGGCAACAGAAGCCAACAACUCCACGUUCUUCUCCAUAUCUUCCUCUGACCUUGUCUCAAAGUGGCUGGGUGAAAGUGAAAAAUUAGUGAAAAACUUGUUCCAGCUUGCUAGAGAAAACAAACCUUCUAUUAUCUUCAUUGAUGAGAUUGAUUCCCUCUGCGCGUCAAGAAGUGAAAAUGAAAGUGAGGGUGCUAGACGGAUAAAAACAGAAUUUCUAGUCCAGAUGCAAGGAGUUGGUACUAACAAUGAAGGAAUCUUGGUCUUAGGAGCAACAAACAUACCCUGGGUUUUGGAUUCUGCUAUCAGGAGAAGGUUUGAGAAGCGAAUUUAUAUUCCUUUACCUGAAGAACAUGCCAGGGCUGCAAUGUUCAAACUUCACCUUGGGUCUACUCCAAAUCUCCUAAAGGAAGCAGAUUAUCGAGAGCUUGGAAGGAAAACUGAUGGCUAUUCUGGUGCAGACAUAAGCAUCAUUGUACGGGAUGCACUGAUGCAGCCUGUUAGAAAAGUGCAAUCAGCUACUCACUUCAGAAAAGUAAAAGGACCAUCAGUAUCUGAUCCAAAAACAACGGUCGAUUUGUUCACCCCUUGCUCUCCAGGUGCACCUGGAGCCAUAGAAAUGACAUGGAUGGAGGUGCCAGGUGAUCAACUACUAGAGCCUCAUGUUUCCAUGGACGAUAUGCUCAGGUCGCUAGCUAACACAAAACCAACAGUUAAUGAACAGGACCUGGAGAAGUUAAAGAAGUUUACAGAAGACUUUGGGCAGGAAGGUUAAACCAAAGAUACAUGUGGAGCACAAGAACCUCUUUCUUUCUUAAGUAUUCUCGUGUCUCUAUUGAUGGCACUUGAGAUAAGUACCAAUAAAAUCACUCCUUUCUUACUUUGCAGAAGGAAUAGGAGGUACCUUUGCAAAGACUCUCAAGCCUUUUGUACUGUAUUGUUCUGCUCAGACGUCUAUUAAAUGUCUUUUAUUGAAAAAUAAUAUGGAAACACAAUUUUAGGAUGAGACAAUGCAAUGUCAUAGUGUCUAUUAUAGUCCAAUUUUAGAUAUUUUACUACACCUGCAUAUAUUGAGUUUAAAAAGCCAAGCAGGCUCAAAACUCCCCUUUUUUUGUUGGGUGUUUUCAGUAUCAAUCAGCCUACAUAUUAAUUGCUCUCAUUUCACUUAGGAAAACACAACAAAAUUUGCUAAUGAAGCACACUGCCAAGUGUGGGUUUGCUAUUAGCAAGAAAGAAAACACUGUGAGGAUAAGACUACAUGGGCCAGUACUGUGUGGUACUUUAAAUACUGAUGAUACUGUUACUUGGCUUUUUCUGCUAUGCUGUGUUAAAAUUUUGCUUUAAACAGCAAGGUUUUACACUCUUUAGUAGCUGGUCCACACUGCAACUAUGCAGUUGAUUAAAUGCAAUUAUCCUGGAAUGUUUUGCUGCCUGUUGGUUCGUUGGGGUUUUGUUUGUUUUUUUUUCGUUUUAGGGGAUGGGGUUGUUUUUGUUGUUGUUUGUUUGUUUGUUUUUUCCUGAUUGAUCUUUUUUAAAUUUAAAAUUAAGAUUAAAAAUGAAAUUGCUUUUAAUAUACCUUCUUGCAGGAGUCUGAGUAAAGUUAGAAGAAAGCAUUAAUAAUAACCUCUUCAGAUUCCACAAGUCAAAGCUGGCAAAGCAUAGAUAAUCUUUAGAGAAUGUAUGGGGAGGUAUUUUGGGCAUAUUUUGACAUGUGAGGAAACUUCAGCAGAUGUUUUAGAUGCAGAUUUUGCAGUGAUAGAUUAGCUCAGCACCUCACUGAUGACCAUUGCCUGUGGGUUACAUCGAUUUAGUGCUGAAACUUUUGAGAGAAGGCUGGCACUUUGCUAUAGAAGUAGCACUUCCAUUGAUCUUUUUUCUGUAGAACUGAGAAUUGACAUGUGCCUGAAUGUUAACUUACAACACUGUGGUGUCAGCAUUGAGUUUGUGCCUUGUAAGUUUGCACUGGCUGUACAUAUGAGAAAUCAUUAGGAUUACCUGGAGUACUUCUCUGUCCCAUUGUCAUUGUACAACCCAGUCCUGCAUCAGCUUUGUUUAACUUGCAUUAAAAAAUAAUGAUGCACA